AUGUACCCAGAUCGUGUCUGUGAUAAGACCCUUCUACCUGAAUCAGUAAGAGAGUAUACAGCCACAAACUGUGAAUGUGGUGUCGAUUGCCUGUUCAAAAACGUCUGCUCAUGCUGCGUUGAUAGUGCGUUGAAAACCUCUGUUUCAUGUCAAUCAGAUACUGUUCAGUCAGAGGCAAAUUUAAGAAGCAGCGAAAUUGAAAUCAUUGUCAUCGACGGAUGUUCUAAAGAUGAGGACUAUAUGUUCUUUCAUCAAUACCGGAAGCUUUGCGAAGAUGACACAGGCGAGUUUUCCUCGUAUUUCGUUCAUAAUGGUUUGGCAAUUUAUAAGAACGUUUAUUGUUUUUUCUGCAAUAUUGAUUUGUACCGUCUUGGCACAAAACUUCUUCACAGCCCAUUUACACCACUUGAUUUGAACAUAGUUUGUCCAGUCUUUUUCCAUUUUUUGUACACAGACUCAAUCAAAGACAUAAUCGAAUUGGCGAGAGAUGAGGGAUGCGCGGUAUAUUUCGAUACUGAUAAGGCAACAAAGUGUAGAAAAGAAGAAAAGGACGAUGGCUUUGCUGGGAGUCUUUAUGGGUUUCACUUCCCUGGCUUUCGUGAUUACGGUAACGAUGAUCAAUACUUCUCGGAAUUAGUGGGGGAAAAAAUUGAAACGGUUAAGGUUUGCAACAGUUCUGGAAAUGUGCAAAAUGACAUUGACUUUAAUGUACGAUGGGCUUGUGAGAAUGUAAGCGAUCAAACCUUUCCGCCCAUCACAGGCUUCAAAAACGAAUUUUGUUUAAUCUGCAAUUCUAACAAUACCGAUCAAACAGUUUUAGAAACAUGUGGUCCAGCUAGUACAAAUUUCCAACCUGCAUACAGUGACGGAUGUGCGAAUCUGCCUGAUGUCAGUGGUGUGUCCGAGGUGUAUCCUUAUAAGAAUUCGUUUUGUUUUGCAUGCAACAAUGAAUUCUGUAUCGAUCGCUGCUUCCCCAAUUCUUCGUUUGUUUUGGAUACGGGUUCUUGUUCCAGUGAGGAAGGGAGCGCCUUACAGAUUCGUAGUGCUUUUGUUUUUGGGAAGUUCCAACCCUCCGUAGUUUUCCACGUUUCUCCAAAUGACGUCACAGAGUCUGACCAGUUUGGGUGCUACCCGGGGCGUGUUCUGGUGGGGAACACCUGCGAGUUGAUCAUCACUGAGGCUAUCGGCACAUAUGCAGUAGAUGUUUCUACGAAACUAUCCAUCAAUUCUACCAUAUGGGAUGCGUCCAUUGUGUUGCACAAUCUUGAGACCGCAUUAGGAAAACACUUAGCGCAACUUUUACCGGGGAACGUUGGGACAAUCAGAAAUCUGUAUAUUUUACCUAGUCAAAAGUUUAAUGUAACCAUUGAGAAUCAAUUACUGUUUGCUGAUAUUUAUUUUGAGGUACCUUAUCUGAAUUAUGAUCGUAAAAUGGUAGAAUUCGGGUUGUUAAGAUUGCCUUUUCAGGAGACUCGUCGAUUUUCCACCGACGAUGGUACUUUAGAUUAUAGUAUUACAAUCUUAGGAUUUUCACUUCCAAGAAGAACUAUUGAAUACAGUAAUCCCGACACAUUGGCCUACAAAAACUUCAAAGAACGAAUGCGCUCUCUGUUUACUGGGCCACCAUUCGUUGUCUUCUUUGUUAGUAAUUUACUUGUCUGCGUUCAUCAAAAAUACAACGCGAGCUUGUUUUUCUUUGAUAAUGAAAAAUUACGAGUAAUUUCCAAUGAAACCGGGUUAAGUUUCAAAAUGGCUGAAUUUGUUGUAGACACUGGAGGAUUCAUAGGGGUGUGCGACUAUGACUUUCGUUUCUUUGGGAAUAUAAAAGACGGUGUGUUUGAUUUACAAGAAGAUAUAAAAUUCUUAUCUACAGUGCUGAAUGGAAUCAGCGUGGUUAGUGUGGCGUCCGUUUUCUUAAGUUAUUGCUUCUUCAAAAACUUGCGGAGCCCUUCUGGUGUUAAUGUACUGUUCGUUUCCUUUUUUCUCUGUUGGUUUCACAUAGUAAGGAUGCUGGUUAAAAUCCUGCAGGAUAUAGAAACAGCCUGCCUGGUCAUUGGCUUUUGUCGUCACUACACGUGGUUGUCAGUCUGCUGCUCGCUUUGUGUGUCAGCUUUUCAUCAAUUCUUCUUCUUCAGAGGCUACAGUCCCGAAAGCGAUGACGCGUCGUCAGAACUAGAAGCACGCUCCCCCGUCCUGCCCCACUUCCUGUUCAGUGGUCUGCUUCCCUUGGUAGUCGUUAGUCUCAAUGCUGUAUGUUUGUAUGUGAUCCUAUCCGAGCUACAGUACAACCCCACUUCCUGUUUCCUCAGCCAUCAAAUUUCUAUCAUCCUGAGUUUCCUAGCACCCUUGGCUAUCACAACCAUCGUGACCUUUUCACUCAAAUGUGCAACCUUGAAAAUGCUCAUCUCAUCGAAUGAGAAAUUCGAUUUAAAGAGGAAGAGAGUAGAGUUUCUCCUAUUAUUCAAGUUUGUAACAAUCGUCGGCGUCCUCGUUGUUUUUCAGGUAACGGAAUGGUUUGUAAAUUCGGAUAAUUUCUCAUUUGUCGUGGAUCUGAUUAUCUCGCUCCAGGGCUGCACUGUUUUACUUGUCUUUUGCUGUUCUUCACACGUGUUUCAACUAUGUAAGGUUGAAGGUGAAAACUUGUCCGAGAGCGAUUCCAUCCCGUCUCUCGAGACUGAGAAACAUGGUACCAUUGUAGAUGAUCAGUAA